CGGCUGUCUCGUGCGCAUCAGUGGCAGUGAGAGAUUCAUGAAGACAGCAGCAAACCGAUGUCCACUGAUAACACUUCUGUCAAACACGCUUCUGUCCAUCAACGGAUGAACACCGACUUUGAAAAGUAUCCUUUACCACGGUAUUGCAAGAGGUGGAGCAACGAUGACCUUCAGAGGCAUGCAUUGGCUAAGAGCCGGCGCAUGGCUAUGCGGAGACCGGCCUACAUGUUUAACGCCCGUUACAAUAGUCUAUCGCCAACUGAAGAGCGUUUCCUAGAGGCGGCUGAGUAUGGAAAUAUCCCUGUCAUCCGCAGGAUGCUAGAAGAACUUCCAGACCUUAAUGUCAACUGUGUGGACUACAUGGGCCAGAAUGCAUUGCAGCUUGCGGUUGCCAAUGAGCACCUGGAAGUGACCGAACUCUUGCUGAUGAAAGAGAACCUGGCCAGGAUUGGUGACGCUCUGCUUUUAGCCAUAAGUAAAGGCUACAUUCGUAUUGUGGAGGCCAUUUUGGGCCACCAGGCCUUUGCGGACACAUCCAAACUCACUAGCAGCCCCCUCCAGACAGAGACGCAAGACGACUUCUUUGCCUAUGACGAGGAUGGCACUCGGUUUUCCCAUGAUAUUACACCCAUCAUACUAGCUUCUCAUUGCCAUGAAUACGAGAUUGUGCACAUUCUGCUAAGAAAGGGCGCCCACAUUGAACGACCACAUGACUACUUUUGCAAAUGCAACAGCUGCCUCUAUCACCAAAGGCACGACUCUUUUAGCCAUUCGCGUUCAAGAAUCAAUGCCUACAAAGGGUUGGCAAGCCCUGCCUACCUUUCCCUGUCCAGCGAGGACCCGGUACUGACAGCUUUGGAGCUCAGCAAUGAACUGGCUGUACUGGCCAACAUAGAAAAAGAGUUCAAGAACGAUUAUAAAAAGCUGUCUAUGCAAUGUAAGGAUUUUGUAGUUGGACUUCUGGAUCUGUGUCGGAAUACAGAGGAGGUGGAAGCCAUUUUAAAUGGAGACACAGUGGCAGGUGGCCACUUUGACAAGGGCGGCAGACCUAAUCUAGUUCGCUUAAAACUCGCCAUCAAAUAUGAGCUGAAAAAGUUUGUAGCCCAUCCAAACUGCCAACAGCAGCUUUUGUCCAUAUGGUAUGAGAAUCUAUCAGGGCUCAGGCAGCAAACCACAGCUGUCAAGUUGCUGGUGGUUCUGGGGGUGGUGGUUGGACUUCCCAUCCUGGCCUUACUGUACUGGAUAGCACCCUCAAGCAAGUUGGGGAAGAUCAUACGUGGUCCUUUCUUAAAAUUUGUGGCACACGCAGCUUCUUUCACAAUCUUUCUUGGCCUUCUCAUUAUGAAUGCUGCUGACCGUUUCGAAGGGACAUCUCUCUUACCAAAUAUGACCAUCCACGACCACCCCUCACAAUUGUUCCGCAUGAAGACCACACCUUUUACCUGGAUGGAAAUGCUGAUCAUUUCCUGGGUUGUAGGAAUGAUUUGGGCUGAAUGUAAAGAGAUAUGGUCGCAGGGUCCUCGGGAAUAUCUGCUGGAGCCAUGGAAUUUGCUGGACUUUGGAAUGCUGGCCAUUUUUGUGACUUCAUUCAUUGCUAGAUUUAUCGCAUUUUGGCAUGCAAAUGUUGCACAGAGUUACGUCGACAAGCACUACACAGAUCUAUCAAACAUUACCUUGCCCCUUGAGAUAGAAUACUAUCGUCUUGCUCGCAUCCACUGGGUUCCUUCAGACCCUCAGCUGAUCUCUGAGGGCCUUUAUGCCAUUGCAGUGGUUCUGAGCUUCUCUCGGAUUGCGUACAUCCUACCGGCGAAUGAGAGCUUUGGGCCCUUGCAGAUCUCUCUGGGUAGGACUGUGAAGGACAUAUUUAAAUUCAUGGUGAUCUUCAUAAUGGUGUUUGUGGCCUUCAUGAUUGGAAUGUUUAACCUCUACUCGUACUAUCGUGGAGCCAAGCAGAACGGCGCCUUCACCACGGUUGAGGAAAGCUUUAAAACUUUAUUUUGGGCUAUUUUUGGACUUUCUGAGGUCAAGUCUGUCGUCAUCAACAACGGGCACAAAUUCAUUGAGAAUAUUGGCUAUGUACUUUACGGAGUCUACAACGUAACCAUGGUUAUCGUCUUACUCAACAUGCUCAUAGCCAUGAUCAACAACUCAUUUCAGGAAAUUGAGGAUGAUGCAGAUGUGGAGUGGAAGUUUGCUAGGGCUAAGCUGUGGUUUUCGUACUUUGAAGAAGGAGGGACGCUGCCUGUGCCCUUUAACCUCAUCCCCAGCCCAAAAUCAGUCAUCAGCCUGGCUAUGAAUCUCAAACAGCUCCUGCUAAUACCGCUUCAAAGACACAAAGAGGACCUGAAGGAGGACACGGAGCUCAAUGAGUUGGGUAAACAAAAAGAAUCCAGUGAGAAGAAUUCACCUCAUACGAGUCGUUACCAGAGGAUCAUGAAACGGCUUAUCAAACGAUAUGUGAUCAAAGCACAGACUGACAAAGAGGGAGAUGAAGUAAAUGAAGGGGAACUAAAGGAGAUAAAGCAGGAUAUCUCAAGUUUACGCUACGAGCUGCUGGAGGAGAAAUCCCGUCAGACGGAGGAACUAGCAGAACUAGUCAGGAAACUGGGAGAGAGAAUAGCCGGUCAACGAAACCUGUAGUUUUUCUCAAUAGUAGUGGUGAUUCUCAUUAGAUUGUCAAUAUUAUAAUACAUAAAUAAUGCUUUUUUUUCAUUUAAAAUAUCAUCAAAUAAAGGUAGUACUCCUAAUAAUGACAUAUAAAUACUUGAAAAAACAUAACAUAUCAGAACUGGGGUGCUAAAUCCAUGAAAUUCACAAUGCUAAACCUUUUAAUCUUACUAAAAUAGGCUUCCUUUUAUUUUUUGGGGGGUGAAAUAUGACCAGGGGUCAGUUACAUAAACACAGUCAUGUAAGGCUGUGUCUUUUUAACUAGCCUGACCAACUAGCAGUUAUUUUUUUUAUUCUUUUAUUCUAAAAUUUGAUUUAAGUUUUUAUGCAGUCGACUUAAAAAGUAAUCACCAGUCUUAAAGAAUACACAUUUACUAGUCUGAUCAGAUUAUUCAGCUGACCCCAGAACAUGUUUCAGUGUCAGUUUUGAGAAUUCCUCUAUUGCUUUUUCUCUCAAAAUUAAAUCAUUUUUUCUUUUCUUUUAAGAAACAAACCUCUGAUGAGCACUAAUUCUGCAAAAAAGAAGCUGAAAUUAAACUAAAUAAAAAUGUUAAAACAUUUCAGAAUUACUUUUUUAUGGAAAGCCACAGUUUUGGUACUGACAAUGCUAAUAGUUCUGCUGUUAGCCAUUGUGUUGCCAUUCUGUGUCAUAAUCUAAAUAUGCUACUGUACGUUACAAAGGCAAAACACAGGAACUACACAACACAGUUUGAUCGAAUUUUAUUUGAUUUCAUCAAACUCCGUUUUCAAACCUAUGUGACAGAACAGACCACAGUCUGAGAACUAAUGUCACUGCACGUGUAGUUACUGUGUUUUACACGGUGUUAUUGAUGUUGUUGACUUUGGAAAUCUGUCAUAUUUUAUUAUGUUAUGAUUGUAUCACAAAUGUUUUAUUAACCCUAAUUAUUAAUUAUGUGAAGUCUGACAGUUAAAAGAUGUCAGUCUUAUUGCAGGGACAAUGGUAUAUUUAUAAUAAAAAAACUGAAAACGUAAAAAUAAAUGUUUCUUUAAUGGUGGUAAAUUGUGCUU